AUGCUGCAGCGCACCGCACCGCAGCAGCAGCAGCAGCAGCAGCAGCAGCAGCAGCAGCAGCAGCAGCAGCAGCAGCAGCCGGCUCCGGCGCGGCGGCUGCCGCCGUCCAUGACGGUCGUGCCCGCUCUCCCUCUGAGGCAGCAGCAGCAGCAGCAGCAGCAGCAGCAGCAGCAGCAGCAGCAGCAGCAGCAGCAGCAGGAGCAGCAGGAGCAGCAGGAGCAGCAAAGGCCGGAUGUCAUCGACCUGUCUGGUAGCGCCGGUGCCGAGCCGCAACCUGCAUCGCGCAGCGGGGCGUCUGUCAACGGCCUUGGUCGCGACGCCCACGCCAGCGGAGCGGCCUGGGGCCACCCACAUGGGCUUCCCGCGGGCGCAGCCAACGGCGGCGGCCGCACGGUCAGCACCUACGCCCAGCUCAAGGGGGCCAUGGAGCAGGUGCAGCGCCAGCUCAGGGUCGCUGACCCGCGCUCGGCGCCCGCCUCGGGCGCGGGCGCGGGCGCGAGCGCGAGAGCGCCGGCAGCCGGUGGGGCGUCUGCGGACGUCGCGGCCCUCUUCCCCGAGGCGUCGCGCCACCUGGCUGCGCUGGAGGAGGAGCGGCGGUGGCGGGAGAGCCUGCCGCUGGUGCCGCAGCAGGGCCAGGGCUCGCAGCAGCUGGGGAAUAUGUUCAGCAACGGCGGCGCCUCGCUGUCCCAGAGCUUGUCGCAGCUGCGGCAGCAGCUGCAGCUGGGCGGGCCGCCGCUGGACGCGCCGCGGCACACGGUCACCACGCGCCUGCUGCCGCAGUCUAUGGCACGCGCGCCGUCGAGCGGCGCGUCCCUCCUGCCGCGUGUCAGCAGCGGCAGCCUGCCCCUCAGCCUCAGCCUCGGCCCCGGCCUCGGCCCCGCGCCGCAGUUUGGAGCUCUCUCUGGCCUCCCCGCCCCCGGCUCCGGCGGCAGCCUGUCGCCAGGGCGGCUGGCGCCGGUGUCCGAGCGCGGGUACCUGCGGCCGUCUGGCGUGGAGGUGCAGCGCGCCAUACAGGCCGUGAUGGAGGGGCUGAGCAUGGCCGGCGACCAGGAGCGGGAGCCGCCAGAGAUGGCGCUGGGCGUGCCGCUGCUGCGCCACCAGAAGCUGGCGCUCUCAUGGAUGUGUCGCCGCGAGCGCAGCCGCAAGGUCUCUGGGGGCAUCCUCGCAGACGACCAAGGCUUGGGCAAGACGGUCACCACAAUCUCGCUCAUUCUCACCCACGCGCGCGGCACGGAGUACUUGGACGAAUGUGGCAGCGGCGACGACGACGACGAGGCGGCGCGCCGGAUGCAGCGGCGCGCGGGCGGGACGCUGGCGGGCGGCGGGGAGGGGGCCAGCGGCAGCAGCGGCUCGGUGAUUGUCAUUGAAGACGAUGAUGAGGAUGACGGCGCUACAACCUUGAGGGGAACGGGAGCGGGCCGGGCCGCAGCGGGCGCGGGCGAUGACGAUGACAUCAUCGAGUUGGACGACAGCGACGGCGGCGCCCCCCUGUAUGAGCAGCAGCAGCGGGGUCGUGACGGUGGAGGGCAGCAGCAUCAGCAGCAGCAGCAGCAGCAGCAGCAGCAGCAGCAGCAGCAGCAGCAGGAGCGCGUGGCGCGGCGGCGGUCCCUGGUGGUUAUAUCCAGCGACAGCGACAUUGAAUGCGUAAGGGAGACGCGCGUGGCCGCGGCGCGCCCCGGGGCAGCGGCUGCACAAGGGGAGAUAAAGCAUGAGGAGGCUGAGGUGAAGGCGGAGGUUGAUCAUAAGCCUGAUUUUGCACAGUCGCUGGCCCCAUCUCACCACCAGCAGCAGGGCGAGCAGCAGGAGGACCAGCAGGAGGAGCAGCAGCAGCAGCAGCAGCAGCAGCAGCAGCAGCAGCAUCCGGCAGGGGCUCUGAUCUGCAAACAGGAAACGCCAUUGGACGUGGACGCACAGCAGCUGGCCCCUGCCCCCAUCGACGCCUUGCCACUUAAAUCUGGGGCAGCUGCGGCUGCGGCGAUCCUGCUCUCCAACGGCGCCCCUCUGCCUUUCGUGAAGCAGCACGCCUCGUCGCAGCUGCCGCCCGCCACAGCACACGGUGCGAACACCUGGGCGGCGCCUGGCAGCGUGAGCUGCACCGAGGCGGUUCCCGCUCCCAACGGCGUGGCGUCGCUAGAGGAGCGCAAGCGGCCCCCCCGGCAGCGCAAGCAGCAGCGGCAGCAGGAGGGGGGCAAGGAGGAGCGGCAGCUGGUGGAGGGCGGCACGCUGGUGGUGUGCCCGACGUCGCUGCUGCACCAGUGGGCGCGCGAGCUGCGGGAGAAGGUGCACCCAGGGGCCGGCGUCACCGUCCACGUGUACCACGGGAAGGACAAGGUGGAGCGCCCGUCCGCGCUGGGCCUCUUCACGGCGGUCCUCACCACGUACGGCACGCUCGCGUCGGAGGCGCCCCUCAAGCACCGCCAGGCCGCGAAGGGGCACAAGAAGGGCGGCGGCGGCAGCAGCGGCGGCGGCGCUGGUAGCACGGGCGGCGGCAGCUCGGGGGCGUGCUUGGAGGGUCCGGAUGAUGGGGAGGACCCGUGCGGCGCGGGCGGCGCCGCCAGCGGCGGUGGCCGCGGGGGGACGGGGCGGCGGAAGGGGCCGGCGCAGGACGGCGGCGCACUGUUUCAGGUGGCGUGGCAGCGCGUGGUGCUGGACGAGGCCCAGAGCAUCAAGAACGCGCGGACCCUGGCGGCCCACGCUGCCUGGGCGCUCAGGGCGCGCCACAGGUGGUGCCUCAGCGGGACGCCCAUACAGAACAACAUCAACGACCUGUUCUCGUACUUCAGGUUCCUGCGCUACUCGCCCUUCGACCAGCCCCGCUACUUCAAGGCCCACAUCAAGGACGCCGUCGCCCCCUCCCAGCCCGGCGAGCGCGCCGAAGCCGGCUACCGCCGCCUGCAGGCCACCCUGCGCGCGGUGCUGCUGCGGCGCACCAAGCAGACGCGCAUCGCGGGCAAGCCGAUCGUCGACCUGCCCGAGCGGCGCCAGGAGGUCGUGCGCGCAGACUUCAGCGCGGACGAGCGCGCGUUUUACGACGGGCUCGAGGCGGAAGCUAAGCGGCAGCUGGCUGCGAUGGAGCGGGAGGCGGCUGAGGCGGGCGGCGGCGGCGGGCGCUACAUGAACAUGCUGCACCUGCUGCUGAAGCUGCGGCAGGCGUGCAACCACCCCUGGCUCGUCCGCGGCGCCGGCGGCCGCUACGGCGCGGCGAGCGCGGCGGAGCGCGCCGCGGCGGCGCGGCUCAGCCCGGACCAGCGCGCGGCGCUGCUCGCGGCGCUCGGCGCGCGUGAUGCGCAGUGCCCCGCGUGCGGGGACGUGCCCGAGGAGCCGUCGGUGUCGCGGUGCGGGCACGUGUACUGCCGGCAGUGCGCAGCGGCGCAGCUGGAGGGCGCGGGGGCGAAUGGUGACAGCGAGUUCCUGUGCGGCGCGUGCGGCGGCGUG